AUGGAGUUCCUCGGCUGUAUGGACAUUGCGCCAGGAAGACAUUGUGAAGAGUCGCUUCGAAAAUGCGAUAAGAGACGAGUGUUCAACGCUGAUAAGAGAUUCGACUGUUGUCCCGCUACCAGUAGCAAAUCCUGUGGAGGUGGUGUUCUUGUUGCGCUUGGCUCACUGAUCCCUAGAAAAGUUUUACCUACUCUGUCACCCAACUCUGAAAAUAUUGUUCUCUCUCUUCAAUAUGGUGCACAUAAACCUUUAAUACUUGGUGCCUGUUAUAUACCUCCUCAGCAGCCGUUUCAUGUAUAUGCUGACUUGUGCAGCGGCGUUGAUGAGCUUCUCUCCCAAGACUCGGGGUCCUCUUCCAUACUGCUUCUGGGUGACUUUAAUCUGCCGAGUACGAAUUGGUCCUGUGACCAGCCUACUCCCAAGUGCAAGUCAUCUGGUCUGGUCAUUGAUAUGAUGAACUUGUAUCAACUUCAACAAAUUAACACUGUUACCAAUGUCCGAGGUGUUACACUUGAUUUAAUAAUUUCUUCUUCAUAUUAUUCCGUGAGGAAUGCCCUGGAUCUCCUUCUGCCUGCUGAGGAUCAUCAUCCCGCUCUUGCCCUGGAGGUUUGUGUGCCCCAUAACACCACUCAUGAAAAACCACUCUUUGUUAGAGACUUUAGUAGAAUCGACUGCUCGAGGGUUUUUACGCAUCUCAGUCAAUUACUUGGUACGGUGUACUAUAUACCCGAGGACGUCAAUGAACACUUCGACCAGUUCCUGCAUUUGGUGCGUCACGUUGUUCUGGAGAAUACUCCCCUCUGGAAAAUCAAUUCAACUCACUUUCCACCCUGGUUUACCCCUGAGUUGAGGCGACUGGUCAUCAGGAAGAAAAUACUCCAUUCCCAAUACAAGUCCACUCUUCGCACCUCGGAUUAUGUCAAGUUCUCUAUGGCUCGUUCCCAGUGUAAGAUCCUUACAAAACAAUGUUAUGAUAACUAUAUCAAUCAUGUGAACUCAGCCAUCACCUCAAACCCAAAAUCUUUCUGGGGUUUUAUUAAGAGCAUGACGUCAUCCUCCGCCAAUGAACCAUCACUUACAUACAAUGGUUAUUCAUCACAGUCACCUUCCGAAAUAUGUAACUUGUUUGCUGAAUUCUUCUCAUCAGUCUACAAGCUUCCUUCCUCUUCCGGGAUCUUUCCUGAUGCACUCAAAGAAGGCUACGUCGUGCCAAUUCAUAAAUCUUCAUCCAAGGGAGAAGUCACAAAUUAUCGGCCAAUUGUUAUUCAACCUGCUCUGGGCAAAGUAUUUGAGUGCCUUCUCAUCGACAAACUUAUGUUCCACUUACAAGCUCUGAUUAUCCCUGAACAGCAUGGAUUUAUAGCGGGAAGAUCGUCUCUCACCAAUCUAGCUCUUCUCCAACAUUUAGUCACCUCUGCCUUAGCUUCAGGUAGCCAGGUUGAUUGUAUAUACUUAGACUUCUCAAAGGCAUUUGAUACUGUCAGUCAUGAACAUCUUAUUGCAAAGUUGGAGAGGUAUGGGAUCUGCGGCAGUCUAAUCAGUUGGUUCAGCUCCUAUUUGAGUGGCAAAUCCCUCAAAGUUAAAUUCAAGGAUGCAUUGUCCGAUCCUUUUGUUACUCUCUCUGGAGUGCCACAGGGCUCUCAUCUUGGACCGCUUCUAUUCUCCCUGUUCGUCAAUGAUGUUGUGGAUGUACUUGACUCCAACUGUCUCCUGUUUGCAGACGACUUGAAGAUUUUUAGAACUGUUCGCUCUAGUGAGGACUGCCUUCGACUUCAGCAAUGUCUUCGGCGUGUUGAAGAUUGGUGCACCGAUAACUGCAUGAGGCUCAACGUUAAAAAGUGUGUGGUGGUUACAUAUAGUAGAGCUAGAAGGCCUGUGGAUUAUAAUUACUGCCUAAGCAACCUGCCCCUCGCUAGAAGUGACAACAUUCGAGAUCUGGGUGUUGUACUGUCUGCGGAUCUGAGUUUCUCACGCCAUAUUGAGGAAAUUUAUUCUAAGGCCACCAGGAUAUUGGGACUCAUCAUGAGAUCCUCUAGAUGUGGUCUGAGUAUAGAAGCGCUUCGCACACUGUACAUUUCUUUGGUGAGGUCAAGACUUGAAUAUUGUAGCUCUAUAUGGUCACCCUACCAACAGUGCUACAUUGAUCGUCUGGAGAGCGUCCAGUGCCGAUUUCUACGUCUUAUUUGGUGUAGGAUGGGUUACAUGUACCGGGAUGUACCUACCCAGGACAUCAGAAGGUUUCUUGGACUUGAUACCCUGGCCAAGAGGAGGGAAAUCAGUGAUGCCAUGUUCCUGUUCAAAAUACUAAAUGGACGAAUCAACUGUCCUGAUCUGCUUGCGCUGAUUGACCUGCAUGUUUCCCCACCUAGAUCAACUCGUUCCAAUGUGCUGUUUGCUCGCCAACACUGCUCCACGAACUAUGAACUUUAUAGCCCUCUGCCUAGACUGCAUCGACUCGGCAAUCGGCUCUGUCAUUAUGUGGACUUCUUUGACUGCUGUCCACGGGUUGUCAAGAGGAUUGCGUCUUCGGUUCUUGAGGAACAGUAA